UUACAUAACGUGCCUAAAAAAGUAUAACUUCUAAAAUUAUCAGCAGUGAAUGUAACGAAUUUUUGCUCGAAAAUAUUGCGUGUUAUUUUAACGGUUGUAAAAUUUCAGUAAAAAUUAAUUUUUGUUUGUGCCGUAGUAUUGUGAAGCAUAUAAAACACAUUUUCUUGUAAAUUUGUAACUAUGAUCUUGCUUAGCGUGAUUUUCUUUUUAGUUUACACGUUGCACAUCUAAAUGUCAAUAAAUUAUAUUAUUAUGGAUAGGAAAAUACCGUCGUUAAUGCAUUGCUUACAGAAUAGCGUAGCAGUGCAUAUAAUACGAUUCCUUUUUUUCUGCACGCAUUAAGUAUUUUCCGGGAGGAACAGGUAUACGUAGCCAUAAUGGAUCUCGUUUUCAGGUAGAGCUUUUUUUUUUUUAUUGUGCCUCUCCUUUACAAAUAGAAUAGCCGUCUGCCUCAGCCGAGCUUUGUGUGGUCUUGAGAGUUCACAAGGCUGACGCUAGAGCGGCGCUGCGUGUCCCAUCUGUCGACGGUUCGGCGACAGUCGAUUGUCCAUUGCAAGCCAAGGACGAUAGCAACAUGGCUUCCGCAAGUUGUUUGACAGAAAACACGAUAUCUCUGUGCUUCUUGGAGUGUGUAAUUUGCAGUUGGUAACCAUAAGUGCGGAGUUAUUUUGAAUUGUGUAGAAUGCGAUAGUGAAUAAUUGUGAACCAUGGCGCUAGAGUUUGGUUGAAGAUAGUACAGGAAGUGAAGGUGUUUAUACUUUUUGUAUGUGUUGGAAACGACCAGAGAUAGAGGUCGUUUUCAAACGUGCACGGGAAAUCUUUCGUAACAUGUUCCUUAUGGUCUGUUCCACUUGGACUUGAAGGGGUUUCAGGCAGCUGACCUGCAAUUGAUAAAGGUCUACACUGCGUUCGUGCAAAUCGUAAUGAUACAAUAGUAAUUACUAUACAUUUUGUGGCAAGUGAUGAACAGGUGAUAUCGCCAAUUAUUGAUAAAAGCAAUGGUAACGGUAAAUUGUUACAUUUUCGAAAUAGAGUUCACAUAACUUCGUGAAAAGUGGAAUAUUAGAAGUGAAUUCGGUCUAUUAUGAGAAGUAAAUUGUGUUGGUGUCUGUUAUUUUCUUCGUUACGGCAACUUUGGAUUUCAUUCGCAUGUUGCAGCAUAUGAAAAGACCGCGCGUGGAGCGGGACCGGAUGCGAGAGCGGGACCGUCAGUUCCGCGCGCAGAUGUCCUCCCAGGUGGAGAGGGAAGCCGAACUGGUGGGAGCUCCUCUCUUCGACGCGCCGGUCAGGGUGACGCCCUCCUCCGGCGACGUGACGACCCAGCAGAUCCAGAAGCGGCUCGGCAACUAUGAGGUCAUCAAGGAGCACCUGCUGGAGGACGGGCCCAAGCUCAACCUCAUCGGCAUCGACGGCCUGCACCCUCCGGCCAGCCCGGCGCCCUGCCGCCCGCCGCACGCCGAGUUCAAGAGGCCGCCGGCGGCGCAGCAGCUCAACGGCCGGCCGCCCCCGCCGCCCCCGCCGGCGCCGGGGGCGGGUCGCCCCGCCAAGCCGGGCGCCUACCCCUCCUCCCGCCCCCACGCCGGCGGCUACCCGCCCCCGCCGCCCCCGGCCAAGCAGGAGGAGCAGCAGCAGCACCGCGGCGGCGGCGGCAAGGGCCCGCCCCCGGGGCCGCCGCCGCCCGCGCGCGUGCACCAGGCCGGCCGCGGUCUGCCGCGCCUGCAGAUGACGCAGGGCCAGGUGUUGCCGUGCCGGAGAGGCAACCCGGUCGUCGGAGGCCAACCGGAGCUGGAGAACAUUUUAAAGGAAAUGAAAGAAGUGAUGAUCACUCCGCUCACCGGCAUCGCGACACCGAGGAAGGAGCCGGAGACUAAAUUCACCUUCAAUCCAAUACAACCUGGAUAUGUAAUUGACAGGCCCCCUCCUGCUGAAGAAGUCAAGAAACAGCGCACGUCUUUGGGUCCACCUCCUCAGCGGAAGAAUCUGGUUGAUUCAGAUUUUGAUAUAUCAGAGAGUGAUGAUGAUAAGGAGGCCCCAAAACCAAAGAGCAGAACCAGUCCACUGGGCAAACUAGAGCAGCGGAGCGUGAUGUCAGUGGCGCCCAGUCCGAGCGUGACCAGCGUCCCGGAACGCCUGGAGCCCAUGUCCAGCACGUCCAGCGAGUCCUCCGACACGCAGUCGGAGAGCGACUCGAGCAGCGAGGAGUCUGGGGACGAGGCAGCCCGGGACGAGCCCCCUCAGGUGGUAGUCUCGCCGCCCCUGUCUCCGGCGCCCCAGCCGAGUGCCGAGGAGGUAAAGGAGGAGUCGAAGCCCCGGUGGAACUUGGCCUCGUUCGUUAAGAAGCACACCCAGUCCGCUGUAGAGGGGCCGCCCGAUGGAGAAGUUACCAGAGCGCACCAGGCACAGCCGAGUGAGGGCUCCACUGCUCCUAGUUCUGCAGUUCCUAGCAACGUCUCAAAAAUGGACUCUGUGCUGUCCAAGCAGAGUGCUGAUGACUGCGACGACAUCUCGGAUGCCAGCGACGGGGUGUUGGUGGAGGUUCUGUCCCAAUCACAACCUUUGCUGUCCAGUCUCUCUGACUCGGACGAUUGCUCGAGCAAGAAACCACUAGAAGCCACCGGCCCUCGCCCUCCGCAACGUAGAAUACUGACCAGCAGUGUUGCCACCACACGGGUGCAUUCAGACAGCGACUCGGACAGUGAGAAAGAGAGCUCGAAGCAGCCUGCGGCUAGGAAAGCAGCUGUUAAGAUGUCCAUAAGCUCCAGCAGUUCGGAUGAAGAAGUCAGUGCGCAAGUUAGGUGUAGAACCAGAGGUAAGGAAAAGCCCAAACCACCUCGAGUGUCGUCCCCUAGUGCGUCGGAGGAGGGUGAAAUUCGGGAAGACAAAGUAGAGCAAGAGAAACGACGUAACCGAUCGUUGAGCGAAUCGGAUGAUGGUAAACCACUGCCGAAAAGAAUUUCCGCGAAAACCCCACCACCUAAACAGCCAACGUCAUUAAGUGAUUCAGACAACGAUGACUGGUACACAAAAAAGAAAAUAUCUGGGACCAAACGAAGGCGGCGAAGCAGGGGUAACAAAUCUGAUGCACCGAUUAACAGUGUUUCUGCAAAAGAAGCGGAUAAUAAACAUGCAAGCAGCACAAAACAGAAGCUGAGAACUAGGAAGAAGUCGAAGGAUGAUGGCUCGAGUAGCAGGAAAACUCGCUUGAGGAGACCAAGCACAAAGUGGAAGAGCCAGGAGGAAUGUCCAACAACCACCUCGGACUCUGAUUCCGAUGCAGAUGUAAAUGUGGUGUCUCUCACUCCCAUCAAGCCUUCUCUGAGAGUUGUGCAAGCAGUUAAACCACGGCCGCACAGCUCCGACUCCAAUUCUGACUCGGAAAAAGAAAGGGCGGUGAAACAUCAACUUUCAGACAGCGAUGCGUCGCUGCCCAGGAACUCGGGGAUCACCACGGCCAAGGCGGAAGAAAGUCCGCCCAAGCUCGACGUGGAAGGUAAGGCGGUGCAAGACAAGAAGAAAAGCGACACGUUGCGGAAACUCUUCUCCACGUCCUUGAAGCGUGACCAGGAAGGUGGAAAGGGGGGGAAAGGUGGUAAAGGAGGGGGGAAGGGAGGUGGUAAAGGUGGGAAGGGUAAAGGGGGUAAAGGAACGCCUGGAGUGUUGGUGGUGGACUGCGAGUCGGUGCGGACGUUGUCACCCGUGGAAGACAUUUUGCCGGUUGUGAGUCCCCGUCUUCUGUCUCCUCUACCUAGCCACGACACUACCAACAAGCAUAGUGUGCUGAAUGCAGAAGUUCCGCAGAAACCAGAACUCCCGGACCCUGAGGUCAAAGACAAUGUGCCGAAAAAGCGUAGUAAUAGUGUUUUUUUGCCACCGUUAGUGUACACAGAGAAGGGAGUUCCAAGCUUAAUGUGCCGCAUAGACGUGUCUAAACUGUUGCACCUGCCAGCGAAGCGUGGAGAGGACAUUCGAACUCGCACAGAGCUGGCCAACACGAGGCAGGGUACGAAACGUACGAGGUCGGAAGAAGGGAUUGCGAGGGAGCCAGUAGUACCAAAGUGUGAUAAUGUUACUAACUGUGACCAAGUGAGUAGUGGUGCUGUUAAAAAUCGCAAGAAGCGGAGUGACCAUGCUGACGACGACAGUUGCAAGAAAGUCGAAGUUAGUGACAGCACAAAGCAAGAAGUGGUCCAAGCUCAACAUCACAAAGUGCCGAAGAAACAUAGGAGCAGUCACAAGCGGGAACGUCAUAUCAGCACUAGCUCUUUAUCUUCCCAGUCAACAGAGUGUAGUCGACGUUCAAGCAGCCAAAACCAUCACGAGAGUAAACGUUCUAAACUACCUGCAGAGGAGACAUUUAGAUCUAGUCAUUGUGAAUCAUCGCAGAGUAACGUGCCACCAACCAAUCACGAGCGAGAAGGAAGCGGUAGUGUGCAUUCGCCCACGCCGGAGGUCCAGUUUUCAGAUGUGCAUUACCCUCACAGAGAGUAUUAUUCUUACUUCGAACGGCCGGAGGAUGAACUGUGUGGCGACGAGGAUAAGGACGAGUACCUGAGGGAAGCCAAGCGCCUGAAGCACGCCGCCGACCGGGAGACCGACAGCACGGCCCAGGGCAUGAUGUACCUGGAGGCCGUGCUGUACUUCCUGCUCACGGGCAACGCCAUGGAGCGCGACAUCGUCAACGAGAAGAACUCCUUCACCACCUUCACCAUGUACUUCGACACCCUCAACCUCAUCAAGUCAAUCUUAGGAGGCAGAACAUUUACAGUAGAAUCCAUCAUCAAUGAAGAAAGUGUGUCGUCUUCCGUGCUAGAUCGAAGAUACAUUUCCGGCAAGUUUCACCAUGACAACACCACCCAAGGCAUCAUAGUUGCAGUUCUUAGCUUACGCUGUCAGUCCCUGUUGUUUCUGAAGCUGUACCACAUGAAGAAAGGCGAGAUCAGGGAGUCACAGAGAGUGCUCUCAGAGUACUUCCACAAGGUGCCGUCGUCGGAGCACUGCAGCCAGGGCACGCCGUCCCGCCUGUCGCCCACCCCCUCCCCCGCGGGCUCGGUGGGCUCGGUGGGCUCAGUGGGCAGCCAGUCGUCGGGCUACAACAGCAUGGACGUGACCAAGGCCGUGCCCACGGUGUCCGUGCCGGUGCACGUGCACGCCUGCAUGGCCGCCGAGCACCAGUUCCUCAACUUCCUGCACUCCUGCCACGGCCUGUGGGAGCAGGCGGACCUGCUGGUCUACAGCGCCGGCCUCAGGGAUUUCUUCAUUGAGUUGGAUCGCCAGGGUCCUCUGAACCUGCACAGCUCCCUGAGUGAGCUGGUGACAUAUGUGCGACGUGGAAUACAGUAUCUCAAGGAGAUGUAAUGUCACGUUUCUUUUUGGCUGGUGGGUUGUGCCGGCAGUUUUGACCAUCUUCUCACAAGAUUGGUCAUAGCCAACACAGCACUCUUAGAUAAUUAUAUACAUGAAUUUAUACAGUGGUUGUAUAUUUUUGUACAUACGCUAUGUAGUUGUAUAAUUUCUAUUACAAUUUAAUGCAGUGAUAGGACUGUUUGUGAGUUAGUAAUGUGCUAUAUAAUGUACCAGCAGUUUUUACAUAAAAGGAAGAAUACGUUGGAGAUUUUUGAAUGAACCUUUAUAUUUUCACACGUAAACUACAUGUAUAAAAAUAUUACAUAGGGGAGAUGUUGACUAAGUUAGUUUUGUAUUUUUAGUUCUCUUACAUGUUUUAUUUUGCAUGUUUUCUUCAGGAAGCACAUCUUAUAUAUUUUAUUGUAUUUUAUGUUGUUUCACCCUUUUAGACUGUUUUAAUAUUGGGGUUAGAGAUGUGUGUAUCUGUUUCUUUAAAGUGUGGAAAGUGGCUGCAUUUGCCUGUGACCUGUAUUACAUUAUUUAUUAAUUUUAAGGUGUUGUCUUGGGUAAAUUACUGAUAAUAUUUUAAUUCUUGCUUCUAAGAGCCAAUUGGGUUCCAACCCUUGCCAUGCAGUUAUUACUUAAUUAAAAUAUGCAUGUUAGUAUAAUAUUUACUUCUAAAAAUUGAACAAGUCAAUUAUUCUGUUAAUGUUAAAUAUUAUGUAUUCUAGCAGUUACAGGUGGAAUAGUUUUUGGUUGAAUACCUUUUUUGAGAAAUCUAUAUAGUUUAUGAGCAGUAUAAAGUUAUUCUCUAGAUAAAUAACUUCAAUUAUGUAAGUGUACGUACUAAUAAUUAUGUUCUUAGCUUUUCUCGAAAUAUUAACUGAUGGUUUAAAUACUCCAAUUUAUCACUGAAUUAGUUUCAUGUGCGUUCAAUUAAUGCUGGAAUCUUCAAAGUUUAUUUUUAAAACAUGUAUCUGCACAACUGAUGAUUUUAUUGGUUAGUCAUUUAAAGUUUACAAUCAAUUCUGCUUGUGUAUAUGUGAAUUAUGUUAAGUAACUAGGCACUUUUCUACGUUUUUUGUAUAUUAUCUGUUCAGAAAUUAUACAGUUGAAGAUUUCCAAGUAACUAUGUGAAUUUUUUUAUUUGAUGGAAAAAAUGGUAUUCAUUAAAAAUGUAUGUGGUAAUUAUUUCCAAAAAUUAACUAUAAACUAGUUUUAUUCGAAUGAGAUAAAAUUACUUUUAUAGGGCAAGUGAUCCUAUACAAAUGAUUAAAAAUUACAAAAAAUUUUAUGUUUUGCCUUCUCUUUUGCUGUUUUGAUUAACAUUUCAUGUAUUUCGAAACUUCUACACUACAGAAUAUCCAUUUUUGAACAUAUUUUAAAAUUAAGCAUGUAGUCAGUGAUUUGUACUUUUUAUCUAGUUAUUGUCAGCCAUUUUUAUGUUUUUAUAAUUUUGGGGAACCUAUUUUAAAUAACAUUAAAGUGAUAAGCAAAACAAUUUUCACACAUUGAGUGUCAAAGGUAUAUCAAAGAAAAAAAUAUUUCAUGUUUUUAACUGCUAAAUUUUGAAGUAUUUUUGUACAAUAAUUUUCUCUUUUUAGCAGAUGGAAGCAAAAUAAGUUUUGAAGUGACUUUCAACUCUACCUACUCUACUAAAAUCAAGACUAAAAUUUUCAAAUACAAUUUUUUUAAAGUUGCACAGUGACUGACUGAACAGAUAGGGUUAAUAUUUAAAAUGCUUAUAAAUGGAAGGGUGGUAAUUCAAAACUCUUCAUAAUUUUUUUUGUUAUACCUAAUGGUUUUGCUUAAUGUUUUCAAUUUUUUUUUCAAGCAAUAUUUGUGUUAUCUAGUGUUAUUUGUUAAGGUAGUUAUUGUGUAACAAGUUAAAUGUAUAUAUGUUUCUGUUUAUUUGAAAGAUGUAGAAAAAAAUUUUAAUAUAUAUUUACUAUUUAUAUUAUCUUAUUUGGUUCAUGUAGAUAAUAUAUUUUACAGUAAAACUUUCCUUGAUAAAAUUACAAAUCAACAAGUCUAUUAUCUUGAAGGGUUAACUGGAACUAUGCAUACAGUACGUGUUUUAGUUUUGUAUUGAAUACCAUUUUUCGUAAGUAUAAUUCGUGAAUUAUUUGAAUUGUGAAGGACACUGCAAACCCACCUGUGGAAUAUGAGUCAGUUAUAAUAUUGUUAUUUUCAUCAUAAUUUAUAUUCAUCCAGAAGCACUUUUUGAUUGGGAAGGAUGUACAAUGAAAAUUUUUCUUUUUCUUCUUCCAUGUCUCAAGGGACCAAAAAUAAAAAUAUGUGCAGUGCAGGAAAGUAAUAUAGUAUUAAUUAUUGGGACCACAAAGAAGUGGUUUAAAAUGGAGGAGAAUUUGAAAAAAGUGGGUUCUAUCAUGUUUUAAAAUGUUUCUUUAUAGUUUUUGUUGAUUGACUUGCUUACAGAAUAUUGGGUUUGUGGUAAAAAAAUGUGGUCAUGCUUGCAGAGAAAUUUCAAUUGUGCGAUUCUCUGCUCUGAUAAAAUAGAGUAGAUGUCACUAUUAAUUUUUUUUUAUAAUAAAUGUACUAAGUCAUCCUUUCAAAACAUCCAAAAUUAAAUUGAUUCAUGGGUCAUAGACAAACUAUUUUUUCUUUGCAUAUUUUGUAUGCAUCAGAAUGCAUAUUUUAUGAUUUCAUUCCAUUUUUUACCAAAUUUACAUUUUUAUAAUACUAAUUAUAUAAUAAAUGCAUGUGUGUCCCUUUUGUUACAAAUAGUUUUGCCUUUUAUUGCUUAAUCGUUCGUUAAAGUGUUAAGUAUCACAUUUUUGGAAAACAUUCAUAUUAUAAUGAGUGGUAUUUGUAUUCCCACAUUUACAACUUCAGGAAUCCUAAAAAUUGUGAAAUAAAUUGGUUUUAAGGUUUAAGGUGACUGAAAUUUCUGUUAGCAUUGUAUGCUUAUUAGAAAUGAGUUGUAUCCCCACCCCAACGUACAUAUUCUUGCAAGAACCUUAUUACUACGGAAAUACUUUUUUGGGAAAUGGCUAGAAUCACUUAGGGUCUUAACAGUAUCCUGAAAGUAACUUUGUUAUAAAUACUUCGUUGCUCUAGUAUUAUUGUGAUAGGUGAAGAAAUGUCUGUUGCAUGCUGAGUGCAAGUAGUUGAGUGUCACUUGACAAUUGGAAAUAGUUUUAAAAACCUGUUGUGGAGAGAUUGUUGUUCGUUUGCUAGUAAUAGCUUCUUGGGUCAACAUCACUUCAGGCACUUGUGCCUAGCCGUCUGGCAUCACAAAGCCAAACAUUAUCAUCACUUAAUGUUGAUUAUGUUUUAUAAGGCACUUGUUACCCAAGUCACUGAAUAUACUCUGAUUUUUUCUUUCAUUUCCAGCUGGAAAAUUUUUUGUUUAGUUGUACUCUCCGAUUUAUGAAUAUUAGUAGGAAAAGUGUCAUUAGAAGGAAAAAAAUUGGUUUUAGGCCUGACUUUGUCAUUCUUGAUGAAUCAGUACUAUGUACACCGCUAAGAUAUUUGUGAAAAGACAGCAAAUGCAAAAAUAGUACAAUGCCUAUGGUUUUAUUUUAUGAUAGUCGUUAUAACAUGUGCAAACUUUAUUAGGGGAAUUAUCUGUAAAAUAAAAUACUUGGAAUAAAAAUCUAUUUUAUCAGUUAUCUAUCUAAAGAAGCUUUUAUAUAGUCAAUUAUAAAUAGGUUUUCCUCUUACUUAAUAGAUGAUAAUUCAUAAUUUGUACUUUACUGUCUUAAAAGUAACAUCAUUGCAAAUAUGAUGAGGAAAAUCAGUAACUAAAGAAGUUUAAUGAUAUAAAUGGAAUAUACUUUGUACACUUGACAUUGUUACAGACAUUGAUAGCCUUCUCUGUGGUUAUAAUUGUCUGUUUACUGUUUUAAAAAAAAUGUUUUGUCUUUGUGCUACACAAACUCUCGUACUGUAGCAAAAAACCUGACUACCAGUUAGUGUGUAAAUUUUUCUACCGGACAAAAAUUAUUUUCAUAUUGCCUGUUUCUUAACACACAUAGUGUCCAUUUUUUUUUCUUUUUUUUCUUUUCUUUUUCUGUUGAACUUGGAGAAACCAUAAUUAAUGUUAAGUACUACUCCCUUGUGUGUUCUGCAAAGAUUUACCACAUUUAUUUUGGGAAUAUUAAAAGGAAACUGUCUGGCACUGUUUAAAAUGUAAUACAUUACAGAGUAAAUAGGUUUCUUUUUUUGUGUUUAGUGGUAAUUUUUUUAUAAACAAAGUAUAAUUUUUAACUGUUAUUGUUUGACACCUAAUUUACAUAACUACGGGUCAGUCUUAUUUAAUGGUUAUUUUGGCCGUAUAUCAUCAUCUAGUUGUCUGUUUCAGAUUAAAUAUUUUUUUAUUCUUAGAAAUGGGGUUGGAUUUUUUUUUUUGAGUUCUUUGUCACAUGUAUUUUAUAAAAAUACCUAUGCAUAGGUGUAACAUAUUUCUCCGUCAUGGAAAAUUUGAAAAUUAUUUUGAAUAAAAAUGUUUUUUGGGUGAAAAGUUCAUGUGGAGUUGAUAAGAUAUAAACUUUAAAACCUUGUGUUAUUUUAACAUAAACAUCUCAGAAGUGUAUCAAAAGUUAUGUUUAACAAUUAUUCCAGCAAGAAUAUGUUUCAGUCAAAUAAUAAAAUUAUUUAUUAAAAAAUCACAUCUCAAGUCUUACAUCAGAAUGGAUUAGAUACACAUGUAUCAAUUUUGUAAAAUAAAGUAGAGAAAUAUUUAAAUUUAUUUGGCAUUUUAGAUACAAUAUAGUUUUGUAUUACUCAGAAGUCAUGUUAUGCAACCAGUUUAUUAACAGAAGCUGCCAUUUCAAUGCAAAGAUAUUAAAACUUAAGGGUUUAUGGUAGCAAGCACAGUUGGGCAUGUUGUGAUGCGUUUCCGGCGACACACUCGCGGCUGGCCCCUUGUAUGUUGAUAUUGUGUGCGGCGGAACAACGUGAAGCAAAGCAAUGUUUUUGCACAGGCUGUCUUCCUCUUGUAAAUACCCUUCACAGAGCCUCGCUGGCACUCCAUGUCAGAGUGAAUGUUCAGGAUUUGGUUCUCACCUGUAAUAGUUGUUAUAGCUUCUUCUUUCUCCCAUACGAUGCUAUGCCCAUCCUCAUAAGUAUUUUCAUAAGCGUGUGUGCAAUGGGACCAACUGAUAUUAAACCGUAAUAUGUUCAGGCCUUCAUCAUUAACAGUUUCUUUUCAGGUGAUUGUGCAUUGCUUAUUUUGUAAUUGCACAAUUUUUUUUAAUCUAGAAAUCUGUCUUGUCAUUGUACAUUUUUGCCAACUAUUUUUUUCAAUUCAAAACUGCAUGGCAAGUAUUUAAACAUUUCUGACAAACCCUUGUUAGAAAUAUCUAAGAGUAAGGUACUACUUUUGUCAUUAUUUUUUUAAUGUUUUUUAUUGUAGUUUCUUUCCUUCCUUUUUUGCAAAUGAUGUGUGUAUCCUAACAUAAUGAUUAACACACUGGUAAAUUUUAACGUGUGUGGAAAAAUAUUUCCAAAUAUUAAUAUUUUACAUGAAUAUAUCUUGUUUCCUUGUAUGAACUUGGGGUUAUGUUUAUGUAACAGAGCAUUAUUUUAUGUAAUUACUUGAAAUUUGUUUUCUUUUGUGGUUGUGUACAGGCUGCAUUUAGAAAGUAAUAAGUUUUUACUCUCUGUAAAAAAUUAUAUUGUUUAAUUAUUUAUUUUAUUUUUUCCUCAAUGCAAAAAUAUUUGUUGGAUAUUUAUUUGAAUUGAUAAAAAUUAUUCGGGUAUUUUUGAUUUAUUCACUCUUGUGACAAUUUUUUUUCCUAAUUCAUAACUAUUAUUGGGUUGUUCACAUACUUUUUUGUAAAUUACUUACCAACAAAGAAAGUUGCUGAAUUUAUUUAUUGUUUUGAUAUAAUCCAAAUAAUGUUUGUCAAUGGAUGUUUUCUGUAAAUUUAAUUUUUGUAUAUUAUUUGUUACUUACCAAAAAAAUGUCUAUAGUUUAACAUUUUUACCAAAGAAGGUGUUAUGCGGUUGCUUAUUUGUCACUUGUUUUGAGAUUUGAAGUUUUUGUGAGUAGUUGUGAUUGGUUUAUUUAUGCACUUCCAAGUGAAAUGAAAAGUUAAAUUUGUGUUGCUGAAGGGUAAAAAAAAAAGAUAUAAAACAAAGGCUGCUAGAGGCUGAAGUAAGUAAAGCCAGAGAACAGGAAUGUUUAAGAAGCCUAAAAGUGACCUUGUGGACUGUAAAUAACAGGUACCUUGUAUAAAAUGAAGAAAAAAGAAAAAAGAAAACUUGUAGGGUUACAUAGUUCUGUAAAGAAACAUUAUAUUUCAUCCUCGAAGGAUUCAAAAUUGUUUUACAAAUUUAUUAUUACCAUUGUAUAAGUGUAAAUAUAUGAUAAACUUAUUUAAA